CGCCUUGUCCUGUCGAGGGUCCAAGGCUUCACCCCCAACCGGAACCUUCCGCUUCGCGUCUCCUGGCUUCCGCGGACGGUUGUCCCUGUUACACCAGCCCCACCAUGGCAGGGGCGGAAGGCAAGGACCCGCUGGCCUUCUUCGCGGCUUACGGCAGCGAUAACAGUUCGAGCGCCAGUUCUUCUGACUCCGACAACGAGGAGGUCUCAGGCUCACAGCGGGACUCGGCGCCGCAGCAAAGGAUUCCUGAAGGGAAGCCGCGCUUGCCCGGGCCCGACGAGCUCUUCAGCAGCGUCAACCGGCCGGCCUUUCUCUAUAACCCGCUGCAUAAGGAGAUCGACUGGGAGAGCCGGGUCGUGCGGGCGCCCGAGGAGCCUCCCAAGGAAUUCAAGGCAUGGAAUACGAAUGCUGUGCCACCCCCUGAGACUUACACUGUUAAAGAAACAAAGCCCCCACCACCGCCUGAGCUUGAUAUGGCAAUAAAGUGGUCUAAUAUGUAUGAGGAUAAUGGUGAUGAUGCUCCAAGGCACGCAAAUAAAGUCAACUUCUUACCAGACAAAGAACAGGAGGAGACCUUGCAAUCAGAUGAUGAAAAAGAUGAACCUGCUUCAGUUAAGAAACGCAAGCUGGACCCUGAAGAGCAGACAAAGAAGAAGAAGCGAUGAACUGAACAAAGUUUAUUUGACUCUGGAAACUGUUUUUAUUGAACAUGUAGGAGGACAUCUGUUGGACUUUAAGAUUACUACUGGCACAAGAAAAUAAAAAUAGCAUCACCAUAUGGCACACAGCAUAUUUAGGGAUUCUGUAACUUCUGUGAAAUUUUUUAUCAUCUGGAGUUUUAUCAGUUGGUAUUGUUAGAGAUUUUGUAUUUACAAACCCAAAAUGUUUAGCUACAGAUAUUUUAAUUAAAACAAAACUUCUUAGAAUAUUGUGAUAUGUAUUUGUGUUCAUGCAGGCUGUGGAAAUUCUCUGUAUUCCGUUCAGCCACAAAAUUGGUAAAUGUGGUAAAGGUUUACUGAACUUCUAUUGUGGUUAAAGUUUUUUUAAAAUGAAGAAGUUACUUUUUGUGGAGGGAGAAAAGUAUUAAACUUUGUAUUGCAGUAAUAAUGAUUCUGGUUUGACAUUUAUGUAAAGAAUGUACAUAGCUCACUAAAAUUAUUUAAAAGGUUGUCUGGUAGCAUUACCUAUUCAGAUACAAAGUUUGAGUCCAGUGGCACCUUUAAGACCAACAAAAGUUUUAUUCAAGGUAUGAGCUUUC